AAGAGGUUCGAAAAUCGUGCGCGCUUGUAAAAAAUGCUUUUAUGCGAAGAUUUGGCGAUUAAAAUAGUAUUUUCAAUACUUUUCCUGUCUUCGACAGGCAACGACAAUAAGUCGAUGAACGCCGAACAUGGGUUCGUGCCUUCGUUCGCCACAAAUAACAACAUUGUGAGCGAUGUUAACCACGAUGUUAACCAACGACAAAGCAAGCUACAAAAAUCCAUCACUGAUAGCUUUGCUGAAAGUUGUUCUUUUCAUUUAAAUAUUUCGAAAAAGUGUUUUCCAACUUUAAAGAAGAACAACAACAGUUCAUUUGAACUUCAUAAUAUAACAGAACAAGCAAAGAAACUGCAUCUAACUGCCGAAUGGGACAAUCAACGACUUUUUGGUAAGACCAAACUUUUUUGCGAAACGUUUUCUAUUUUUUCCGAUAAACUUUUAUAGACAAGAAUUUUGUCUUUUUUCCGAAAUUUGUGUUAUGUCUUUACGAUCUGAAUGUUUUAUGAAAUACAUAGCUUUUAUCAAACAAUUUUUACUUCUUGCUUUAUACAGUAUUUUGUUAGUCUGGAUCUAAAGAUUUUUCAGAUUUUUUUUCUUUAACUUUUACAGUUUUUUUGUGAAUUUUUAAAAGUUGUUUCAUUGAUUCUUUUUGAUGAAAAACAUUCAACUUGCUUUUACCAAACAAUUUUUACCUCUUACAUUGCCUACAGUAUUUUUUUGGUCUAAAGAUUUUUUUUCGGCUUUUUUUCUUUAACUUUUACGGUGUUUUUGUGAUCUUUUUGAAAGUAUUUUUAUUUUUCAUAUCAAAUCAACUUUCAUUCAUUCAUUCAUUCAUUCAGGAAAUAUUUUGCCUGUUUUCUUAUUUGUAAGCGCAUUUCAUUGAUUUUGCUCACAAAUUUAUAUACCAGAAUAUAAUAUGUAUUUACAGUAAAGGAAGUGGUUUAUAUUUGCCCUGUCACGGAAACCAACGAGCUUUGCGUUGGCUUUGAGUAUCUGUACAGUCAGAUACAAAUCAAGAUUCUAUUAUUGUUAACUUUUUUUAUUUUCUAAUUUAAUAGUGAAUCAAAUAUUUUUUAUUAAAAAUAUGUUCUUAUGUCUUUAAUAACAUAUCAAUGUCAAUUUUUCUGUAUAUUUUAGCUGAAACAUUUGCAAGCAAGAACAACCAGACAGCGUUGGCUUAAAAGCACAGGCAUUCUUCAAUGGUUAGGCCAAAACUUUAAUUCAAUGAAUCGUUUUGACUAUAUUCAUUUCCUUACGCCAAACCAUAUCGUACAUUUUCUACAUUUUUUAUUUUGAAACUAACUGGGUUCUUCACUGUUCAUCUUUUUAGAAAGUAUCAAUUACAUAUUCGGCCUGACUGAAAGCCAGAAACUUUGCAUUGCUCUAAUCUACCUUCUUGCUCUCUGGAAAUCCUAUGGAACUAGGCUCCGGUAAGAUGCCGACUUGAUAAAUAAAACUGAACUAACUUUAUUUCUCCUGGAUAGCUCUAUAUAAGUUCUAAACUGUUCUCCUUAUGGAUUUAGUACAAAGGGCCACACCCGACGGAAAACCGGAGUACCUGACACUAAUUAAUCUACUAUUCCUACAAGCCGAUCAUCUUCAAAGUUCGCUGCAAGUUGUUUGAUAAACCUAAGAGAGCAAUACUUCGAAAGAUCUCCACAAAUCCAUCUGAGAAAACCAUCCUUGUCCAGAAUGACAUAGCACGUGAUGAGCAUAAGAAUACUGAAGAUUUAACUAUCGACUCAUCAUGCGCAAGUCACGUGACUACUGACAAAGAAACGACCGACUCAGCAUGUGAUAGUCAUGUGAACAGCGAUGAAGAACCCACCGACUUAUUAUGCGAAGAAUACGCGUACACUGACGACGACAGCAUUACAACCAACAGCAGUGCAGAUCUACCCACAGCCACACCCAACAAACAGACCAUUCCACCCACUACCAUUCCAGCACAGUUGAAACACUCUCUCAGGUUCAAUAGUUUGGACAGUUUAUCCGAGGAGAGCUGUGAUGAAGAUUUCCCAGACGAGUUCUUCGUAUUUCCAAGCGACUGUGGAAACAUCGGGUUGAUACUGGGUGACGAGGACUGGGAAAAAAUAAAACUUGAUUCAAGUCAGAAGUCAAAGACUUCGGAUGAUGGUGGUACUCCUAGUACCGGUAUAGAAUCAGGACAGAGUUGUGAUGUGGCCUAUGAUGUAGAUAGCACAGCUUCUCCUCACAGCUGUUGUCAUAGUCCUGUUCCUAAGGAGGAGGUAUCCUGCUUGAGUUGUGGUUCUGACGGAGACCCAGUCGCUGUGGCAACAAGUGAUUGUGAUGACAGGAUGGAAGAAAGUCGUCAACGGAGUGGUGGGAUCAACUGUGGUAAUCAUGGUAAUGUUGACCAGUGGACUCUGGAGUGUGGUGACAGUAACAACUAUACAUCAUCUAAAGGCAGUGCCACCAAUGUCAAUUAUGGUGAUGAAUCCACCAAGAGCAGCUUGUAUGAGUGUGACCUGUUCAGUGAAGGUUUUGAAGAUAGCUUUGAGCUUUACCAAGGUUUGUAUAAACAUUUAUAACACACAAUCCCUAACCAACCGAUCGCCAAACCACGACUGACAGACCACCUAUAUAACUACCUACCUUACUAACUAAAUAACCAACUUACCAACAAACUAUACUAACUACUAACCUGCUUUUAUUAAUUCUACUUACACUUAUUUAAUAAAGGUGAAUAUUCUGAACAUGGCAGCUGUGUGCAACGAUCAGAUUCUGAAGUUUACAACAACAUUGAAUUAGAAAAUCUGCGAGCUGGUGAUAUAAAUAGAUGGCUGUCAGCCAACAUUAAAAAUGAAACUGUCCAAGAAGAUAUCAUGGACAUGACAUUGGACCAACGUGUAAAAAAACACGUUGCUGCUGCAGCUAUCUUUACUGGGACAUUUGUACUGCCUUGUUUUAUUGCGGCAAAACUCUUGAAAUAA